AUGAGAGUAGUUAUCGUAGGCGCUGGUCUCUCGGGUCUGUCGUUUGCGGCCUUUCUGCGCCGUUUGAACGUUGAUUGUGUCGUGCUAGAGCAGGCACCUUUUUUGCGGGCAACGUAUCAGCCGCCUUUUACAUUAUUUGCAAAUGCGUUGAGUUGCUACAAGGCGUUUGGAAUGGAUCACGUGCUAAAUGGAGGGGAUGCCGUUUCCGACGACUACUUUGGGAUCCUGGACGAACGCCUGCGUUGGCUACUCCGAGUACGCAACCGGACUGUGCAGCUUAGGGCUCUGGGAGAGGGGGACACGAUACCUCUCAGCACGGCACCGGCCGCUAACAGUGAGUCUAUCGUCUCACAACGCAUUGCGGAGAAGACGAAACAAGAGCUUGGCAGCGUUUCGCUUCGUGCAACCUUCUCCGCUGAUUACCUUCGCCGAAUCCUUCGAUAUCAUGUCGAGGAUGUGCGUUUCAAUAGCCGGGCGGUGGAUCUUCUGCCGCACGAAGGUGUCAAGGGCGGGGUACACGUUGUUUUGGAGAACGGGCAAACCGAGUGGGGUGAUGUGGUGGUGGGGGCAGAUGGUGCACACAGCACGAUUCGAAGGCUACUAUACCCGAACGAAUACAUCGGUACCUGCUGUCGCUCGCUAGGAAUGACCCAGGUGGACGGGUUUGUUGACCUUGGACAUCGUGUUUGUCCAACAAGUGAGUAUCCCGUCGAGCUCUGGGGCAGGCGUCGUGCACUCUCAUGUGUGCCACUGCACUGCGACGGAAAACUUCAAUUUGCCUUUUCAGCUACGCUUUACGAUCCACCCAUGGAGGUUGUGGAUAUUGAUAAUGACAUGGAUGCCAUGGCGGUGCGGGAUGUCUAUCGUGCCUUGCUACACCGCGAAUUUGCUGUCUUUGGUGAUGACGUCAGUGGUCUUUUGCGUCGGGCGGAGGUGGCUGUCCCCAUUGAACUCGUGGAGGUUCCUGUUAUGCCGCGAUGGUUUAACAAGCGCGCGGUGCUAAUAGGAGAAGCUGCGCAUGGUUCAUUGCCCUCCUUCCUGGCGCAAGAUGCUUCUUUGUGCGUGGAGGAUGCUGCGCUGUUGGCGGCGUCGUUGCUUGAUGUUCCUUUGUACAGCGACACGGGAUUUGAGUACGUCUUUAAGCAGUUUGAAACUCUGCGGCGUGAACGGGCAGAGCGUUAUAUUCGCCAGUCGCGUCGAGCCCGCCGCUUCACGGCCAUGACACAUGCGAGUGUGCGGGAUGCGAUGUUGAGGGUGACGCCUUCCGUGGCGCUCAUGUGGUUUCAGCGGUGGCUGUCGAACUGGAGGUAUGGCUCGCAGCAGCUGGAGGUGGAUCCCAAAAUAAAGCUAGAGACGGCGUUUCGAAGCUGA